CGAAAGAGCUAGCUGUUAUUGCGUUCGACGAGUAGACCACCAGGAAAAAUAAUAAAGUUAUGCGAUCGGUUCUAGAAGUCCUAGCACGCCUGUUGCGCGGCACCAGUUUUUGCUACCUUCUCACUACUCAUGCCUCGAAACGCAAGAACCCAGUUCCUAUUGCUGAAGAAACCACUUCUGCCAAGUGUUUGAAAGACGAUCAUGGAUCUUCAUGCCACACAGCAGGACCCGAUGACUCACGAUCACGCAUUGAUGGAAACACCCAAGUACUAGAACAGGCUGCAAGUAACAAAUCCCAUCACGUAGACGAGGCCUCCCAGGUCUUUAGCUAUACCGCAGGCGGGGAGCUUAUGGAUGUGUCAGGAUCGAAAUCGACAAAAUCGGUGGUCUUGUGAUGCAUAAAAUGUAGGGCACUGAAGGCCUGUAUUGGGGAGCAGGCAAAUCAGGCCGAUUGUGAGCCUGUUUAGGGGUAUGCAAUGUGCUGCCAGAGUAGCAUGACAGGAGCAGUCUUCUUUGUCCAAACAGCAUGACAGACUGGAUUUGGGUGCUCCCGAAAUUUGUCAUGCGCCACUCGGAAACUGAGGGCCCAACUGGUAUCGAUUUUAUGCAUCACAAAUUUUUCGAUUUUGUCGAUUUCGAUUCUGACACUUUCAUAGAGCUUGAAGCAGAAGCGACCGCAGAAACGACCGUAGCAACGGAACCCCGGGGAACCUUGUCAGCGACAGCCGACUCCGCGCUCGAUAGCAUGUCGGAACAAAGUGCUGACGCAGCCAAGGUGAAAACUUUUUACGACAGUUUUCCCACGGUCGUGAUUGGGUGCUGGCAGUUGACGGAGCGAUUGAAGAACAAUGAGAAAGCGGUGGAACUUCUGCAGGAGUACUACAGAAAUGGUUUUCACCACUUUGACACCGCCGACAUCUACGGCCCCAGCGAGACACUCCUCGGGUUCGCCCGGCAAGCAAUCCGGCUGGAGUUGCUGCAAAAUGCAAAGAACACGGGUAACAAGACUGAUCUCGAUUUCCACGUGUUCACGAAGUACGUGCCCUCCGGGCCCCAGGAGUCCGCCCUGCGGAUCAACCAGCUAUCCCGCAAAGCGCUUUUCCAGGAGGACUUUCGGAAGAAAGAGCAAGACAAUGACUACCCGCUGGAACUCGUGCAGUUCCACUGGUGGAAUUUCGCCGACCGCGGGCACAUCCAGGGCGCGCGGGACCUGAUGUCGCUGCAGGCCGAGGGGAAAAUUGAGCACUUGGCGGUCACAAAUUUUGACACUGUCCACUUGAGGGAACUGAUCGAAAAGGCUCAGUUCCCCGUCCGGGUGAACCAGGUGCAGUUCUCCCUGCUGGACCGGCGUCCGGAGAACGGGGUCUUGCAGCUCGCGAAGAAGCACCAGUUCAAGUUGACUUGCUUUGGCUCGGUGGCCGGGGGGUGGUUGAGCGAGAAGUUUUUGGGCAUGGAGUCCGAUCCGAUGCGUAGUUCCCGAAAGUUCCAGGAGUCCUCCACGGUUUCCUUGCGAAUGUACUACUCCAGCCUGAUGUCGUGGUGCCGCGGGGACUGGGACCUGUUCCAGCGGUUGCUGCGCACGCUGGAGAAGAUCGCGAACGCGACCCAGACGAAAAUUGCCGUUGUCGCAACGUGGUGGGUUCUGCAAAAACUGGAGACCGACGGGUUUGGCGGUGCGGUUAUCAUCGGUGUGCGCGACGCGAAACACCUCGAUGAAACCAAAAUCAUCCAAAGUGGGGGCAAGCAGCGCGACAACACGGGAAAGAAGAUUUUCCUCGCAGCCGACCACAUGGAAGCCAUCCAGCAGGUGCUGGAUCAAGGCACAUUUCCCACAGGUGAAGACAUUUGGUCAAGGGAACGUGGCGAUUGAUCAUGCAGAUCAGCUUUUUCGAAAGCUGCGAAGAUUUAUACGCUGUUCGGCGCUCCAAAAUUAAAUUCUACCAGCGCUUGCUGACUAGUAAAGCGACGAACCACAAAAAUAUUGAUACAGCAUAUCAAGCGCAUCGCGGAAGUGUAAAGUGUUGAAUAGUAGUACUUUUGUGCAGCAGCUGGAGUUACAUCACCUGACCUCUUUCUACACUGAUGUCAGCACCAUAGGACCUUAAGUGGGCUCCUGUAGAAGACUGAACACCUCGAAGUGUUUGUAGGCGAGACCUCUACUCACGCAACUGCGAGUUGAUGGAUAUAUUAACGCAUGAUGCACUGCGUUCUUUGUCUGUGCUCCUCAAGGUAGGGAGCUCACUACCUUCAGAACGCCUUUGCGCC